ACCCGAUAACUACCCGAUCAGGUUGGAUGAGCCGAAGCUGGAUGUUAAGAGUAAGGAUGAAAUGCGAGUACCCCCGCUUCUCAAAUUCAUGACAGAAACCAAUAGUCAUUGAUUGAUAUGUAUCAAUUGAUAUGUAUCAUUCAUUCAUGCUUGUCAUAUUACCAACAUUACCAACAUUACCAACAUUACCAACCUCUCCAUCAUCCGCGAGUGGACUACCUUUUCUAGAAAUUCUAGUAUCGUCCCAAGCCUGUGGGAGAGAGAGGUGCAUAUCCUGUGUCCGGGUUUGCCGAUAUAAACAUCCAUGUACCCCCAGAGACUCUUCCUCACCGCCAGAGUUUGGAAUUCAAGACAGGCGACACAUGUCAUUUUUUAUGAAAAUCUUACACCCUAGACAAUCCACUUCUUUUUCCCAGUAGCUGCUCGGCAGGCUGUCUUUCACGGGUCAAAGAUAGUAACGGUACCCCGCAGGUAUUGGAGAAUAUUUAUUUGAUUGGUUGAAGAUGUCAAUAGAACCCAGAAUGCUGGCUUUGGGAUCUGGGGGUCCUUGGGCACUGCCGGCUCUUCCAU